ACACAAUUGUAACUAAGCCGUGAGGCCGUCAGCUGUUUUCUAAGAAAGAAUAUCCAUGGCUCUUUUGCGCAAAUACAUCUGGUUACUUGUGAUACUUGGAAUGAUUUUCGUGAGUGUGGUGAUCAGCCUCAUCUUUUUUCUCAUCAAUAAGUGCAUAUCCAGACAAGGCAAACACAGAAUCUCAAAUCUUCACAAAAGAUCAUACUUCAAUAUCAACAGCAACAAAUACCAGGAGACAACCCUUAAAGCCGAUGUUCCACCUUUACCUCCUCGGACACAGUUUCUCACAGCAGAGGCCCAAAGCUAUGAGAACCUGGCUGAGGCACCUGAAUAUGAGCAGAGCACAGCCGACUACGAGCAGAGCACACCAGACUAUGUGCAGAGCAUGCCAGACUACGAGCAGAGCACACCAGACUAUGUGCAGAGCAUGCCAGACUACGAGCAGAGCACACCAGACUAUGUGCAGAGCAUGCCAGACUACGAGCAGAACAUGCCAAACUAUGAGCAGAACAUACCAGACUAUGAGCAGAACAUAGCAGACUAUGAGCAGAGCAUACCAGACGAUGUGCAGAGCAUGCAAGACUACGAGCAAAUAGCAGACGUGCAGAGCCUGGACGAACAGCCUGACUAUGUGAAGGUGGAUGAAGAGGAGAUUCUCCCUCCUCCUCCACCAUGCGAGGAUCCAGCAGAAGACAACUCCUCCACAGAGGACUACGAUGACAUCGGAGGUGAAAACGAAAACGACGCUGAAGAGGACUACGACGACGUGGGAUAAGACCACAAGAGAACAGGAGAGAGACACUUUUGACUUUAUCAUCUUCUGGAUCCUGCGGAGCAGAGAGAUCAGAAUCACUUUACCUUGCCACAGAUUUCUUUUUGACGUUUGUUUUUUUUGAUUGUUUAUAGUUUUGUUUAAUAUUCAUGAAGUAGAACAUAAAGGACGUAAAUGUGUAUAUUUUGUGCAACUUAUGGAGAGAAGCACAAAGAACAGUUCUGACAGUGUAAGUGAUAUAACAGGGAGAGAAAGGUUUGAUUCUACUCUUAUGACCUUUAACACAUUCAUUCUAACUUUAACCAACAUUGUAAACAGUUUAUUUAUAGUUACUAUUAUUCUAUAGUAUGUGGCCGUAUUGGACAAUCAACAAUUAUUUGACUCAUGUACAUAGUUUAAAUAUUUGUUUAAUUAUUGGAAACACCUUGACAAAUUGAUCAGAUGGUGGUGGUCUAUACAAAUGAGAUUAGAUUAGAUUUAAUUUUAUUGUCAUUGCGCAUGUAACUGGUACAAAGCAACGAAACGCAGAUGCAUCCAAAUAAAAUUAUACUUUUUA